AUGCAGACCCCUAGAAUGGCGGGGAGGAAGCGAGGGCGGCCCCCGCUUCAGCCUGCGCCCAUCAAAAUGCCUGUUCACAACCUCUACUCAGCACCAGCCGGUGCUUUGCCAGUGGUGAAGAUCCCGAAGAAGAGAGGGAGGAAACCUGGCUACAAGCUGAAGUCUCGUGUCCUGAUGACUCCUUUAGCAAUCUCUCCGCCGAGAAGCACACCGGAGCCGGAUAUUAGUUCAAUCCCCCAGGAUGCAGCUACGAUACCCAACUCAGCCACCCCACAGGCUCUCACAGUCUGCAUUUAUGUCAACAAGCAAGCAAACCUGGGGCCGUACCUUGACAGAAAAAAAGUGCAGCAGCUCCCAGAGCACUUUGGACCUGAGAGACCACCGGUGGCCCUGCAGCAGGCUGUCCAGGCCUGCAUUGACUGUGCGCUCCAACAAAAGGCUGUCUUCUCACUCAUCAAGCAGGGCUAUGGAGGCGAGAUGGUGUCAGUUUCAGCUUCUUUUGAGGGGAAGCAGCAUCUCCUGAGCCUGCUGGUGGUGAACAGCAUUGGGUAUGUCCUGCGAUUCCUGAAGAAGCUCUGUCACAGCCUCUUGUGUGACAACCUCUUCAGCAACCAGCCUUUCCAGCAGUACAACACCAUGCCAGAAAGCCCAGAGGUGUAUGAAAACAGACGGAUGGAGGCAGAAACAGUCAUACCUGAGGACUACCUGUCUGACCCUGUGAACAUGAAGCGGUACAGUGUGGAUCCUGCCGAUUCUGCCUUCAGUUGCAUGGGCUCCAUGUACACCACACGGCAGAGUCCUGCUGAUGGACGUCCUGCUGGAGGCUCCUCUUCUUCCCGUAGUCAUCGUCCUGCCCAAAUGUCUUCAGGGGGUCCCUCAUCUACUGGCCUGCAGCAUCAAACCUCCAGCCCAACGAGGAAUGGGACCUACCCUGAAGGAAACAGAAGUG